GCAGACUUGGUGGGACAACGGUCAGUCUUUACCAUUGGCUGGUGAUCCACGUGCAACAACCACUUCCACUUUGAACAGACAUCGACAAGGUGGGGUUGGUACAUCUGAUAUUUUUCGAAGUCGGCCAAUCAUUUACAUCACUUAUUCACGGUAUCGCAUAGAGUUUGCAUCGAGUCGUACACUCGAAUCAGUGGAGAUUUUAGUAAGUACGUUCGAUUCUCCGUUACGACGAAAUAUUGUCUGGUAAAUUUUAAACGAGUUACGUACCGACCUGUCAGUCAUCGGUCAGUCCUCUAUUGAGUAAUUUUAUUGGGUCUUUGAAUGAGUGUCUUUAAAUUUUAUAAAAGACUUAUGAAAUACCUAAAUCGUGAAUCCUGCACACGUGCAUAAUAUUUUUCAGUCGCGGUAUCGUUGAUAAAUGGGUGUCGUAAAGAUACGGAAUAGUUAAAAAGUCAUUUUCGUUGAAAUUUCUGAAAGCGUACCCCUCGUGGUUCUUGGGUGAAAAUCGUUUUGUGAAACUGGAGUGAACUGUUGUUUUUCUGUCAGUGGUUCAAUCGCUGCUUGAACGUGCGCGACUUAGAAAGACAUCUUACGAUCUUAUUUACUUCAGGACUACCGUGUUUAUCAUUUCUGUAGUCAAGGUAAAAGUGCAGUGCAAUCAUGAAGGACAUUGUGUCGAUUUGGGAUCGUUUAGCUGGCAGAAGGUAUUCCAACGUGAAUACUGAUCCAAAUAUUGAUCCAAUACCUAAUGAGCAGCUGGAUGAAAUUUCACUACCGAACAAUCCGAAGAGUUUAAGAAGAAAGUCUUCCGUUGUUAUGAAUCAAUUUUUUAAUGCUGCAUUGCCAUUGCAUUCGGACGGCAGACCAAGAUGGUCCAGGAGCAUCUUCAUACUAAUGACCUUGGGUCUUCUGGGCCUUGCAUCCGGCGGCUUCAUCAUGGUGUUCCAGCCUUACGACCUUCUUUUCAAGCUGAAAGUCGUUUUCAGCGAAGGAGGCGAAAUCUUUGAACUUUGGCGAUCGCCCCCGGUCGAACUUUACUUGAAGGUUUAUCUCUUCAAUGUUACAAACAGCGAAGAGUUUAUGUUGGGCAAAGAGGAGAAGCUGAAAUUUCAGGAGGUCGGACCAUAUGUUUACAGAGAACUCAUGGAACACGGAAACGUGACGUUUAAUGACAACGGCACAGUCACGGCUGUUCCACUUCAUCCGUUGACGUACAUUCCCGAAAUGAGUACGGGUACUGAAAGCGAUAUGAUCAUAGUCCCCAACAUCGCACUACUAAGCAUAGCAAACAUCUGGAAGGAUGCUGCCUUUUUGACAAGAUUUCCCAUAAAGGUUUUUAUCGAGCAAUCUGGUUAUCCACCCCUUGUAAAAAUGACUGCGCGGGAAUUCAUGUUUGAAUACGAAUCGCCUCUGGUUGCAUUAGGAAAUUACCUCGUGCCGUCCUGGAUAAAAUUUAAAAAGCUUGGACUGAUCGACCGUAUGUACGACUUCGAGGGUGACUACGAAACAGUGUAUACAGGUGAGAAUGACGUUCGGCAAGCUGGCUUGAUUGAGAAAUACAAUGGCGAUGUAAACUUACCUCAGUGGGAAGGAAAAUGUGCUAAUGUGAAAGGUGCCAGUGAUGGUACGAAAUUUCCAAGUUACAUCCAACCGAACGAUACUUUAUUAUUCUUCCGAAAGAGUCUUUGCCGCAGCGCUCGUAUGUACCAGACUGGAGAAAAGCAAGUUAAAGGUUUAAACACCUAUAAAUAUAAAUUCAUUGAAAGUGAAUUAGAUAAUGGUGCUAACAAUACGGAAAACAAAUGCUUUUGUCGCCAUGGUCUAUGCCAGAAACCAGGUCUUAUAGAUGUCACAGAUUGUUAUUACGGUUUUCCAAUCGCACUUUCGUAUCCGCAUUUUUACAAAUCAGAUCCUUCACUUUUGGAUGCUGUGGAGGGUCUAACUCCUCGCGCUGAUGAUCACGAAUCAUACUUCUUUAUUCAACCAGAAUCUGGUCUUCCAGUUGAUCUUGCAUUCCGUUUUCAAAUCAAUAUAGCUCCACAGGAUAUCGGUUAUAUCAACGGACUGGAAAAUUUUCAAAAUACUGUACUUCCGUUGUUGUGGUUCGAAAUUGGAAUGUACGAGCUACCAGAAAAUAUGAAUAACCGGUUCCUGUUAUACCUAAACGUACUUCCGGUCGUACAGACUGUAGCAACUUAUGCUCUUUUCCUAUCCGGCGCCGUAUUCUUAGUAUGGAGUGUUAUAAAGAUCCUUCUUCAUGAACCUAAGGGAGCAAAGGCACCAGCGCAAUGGUUCGAAGCAGAAAUGCAGAGGAAACGUCUAAGUUUCUUGAACGAAAGGCGAGCUUCUAUUAAAACGAAAGAAAUGGAUACAUACUUUAACUCUCUGCUGAAUCCCAAGGAGGACAACUUAACUUCGGUAACGCUCGAAGACCUUCAGUGUCUCAAGAAGGAAAUCGUUUAAAUCUGCAAACGCCCACUCUCGCAAGAUUAAAGGGGAUCAACCAAAAAAAAAACGAUAAGACUUGUUCAGGAUCGUGCAGAAAUAAGAUUCACGAUUCUUUCAAACAACGGAAAGCACAGUAUCCUCCUCGGAAGAUCCUGAAACAGCCUUGGAGGUAAUUCUAUAGGGAUUCCGGGGAUAUAAGACAUUAAUAUACAUAUGUCAGCUGCAUUCCAAAGACAUUUCGUGAGAUAGAAUGCUCAGUGCUCAGGCACAAUAAAAUGGAUUUCACGUCGUUUAUAAUCAAUUAAAGUGUCGGAUCGUAGAAAGUCAAUGGAUGCAAAAACAACAGAGUCCAGUGAAUAGGGUACCUGCAAUUGGUAGUUUCUAAAGAAAACAUGUAAAUACCAAUACGAUAGAAUCGAUAUUGAUUCAUCUAUUAAAAUGUAUUUCAAUUGAAUUUUCUUUCGAAAUGCAGGGACUCCGUUCAUUCCAUUUUAGAUGAAAACAAUGCAAAUUCGUGUCGAAAGCUAAUUUGUUACCUUUGUAUCUCAAUGUCACUUGUUAAUGUAGCUAUCUCAAUCAUCAAAACUCUAAAAUCAAUCUUGAAUGUCUUGUAUCUGGCACUAGUAAUUGAAAAACUUUGCCUUUAUCUAUUUGUAUAUUAAAAUAUUGAUUAUUGCAAGCUUUUACCUUGUUCUCAGGAUAAAGCAAAUUAUAUACAAGUCAACACUCUUUUUAGCAAUAAUCUUCUAAUCUAUCAUGAUUUGAAGACUCAAAGAUUCUAAACUGGUGUUAGCCUGCAUAUACUAUUAAUAAAAGAAUAAUGUACCUGUCAACGAUACGAAAUUGCAUCUUCUAAAUUAUCAGUCAUCAUUGUAAUUAACCUAUUAAACAUAUACUUGUAUCGUUUAUAAAAUAUGUCGAAUUCGUCCAACGAAUUUAGAAAAAUAAUGUACAGAAUAUUUGAUACAAUAUUAAUCACAUCGCGAUUCAUACAACCGGCACAUUAUUAUCUAAUAUUCGACAUACGACAUCAUAAUUAAGUUUUGCAAAGUAUUAUACCACGCGUCUUUAAUAAUUAAUCUAGAAUAAUACCGAUAAUCAUCAUUUUACAGAUCCCAUCAUCAUUUCUUUUUGUUUACAUUAUUCAAUUUCAUCACAACCUUCAUGCUGCAGUUAUUUUUGUAUUGCUGCACUUACGUCAGAACACGGAAAUACGUUACUUGCAUAUUACGACCAGUUCUAUAUUGCACCAUAAGACAAUGGAAUUAUGGUUCUACGUUGUACUUACAAUGUGAUACAUUAAUCUCCAUAUGCAGACAACAGGUUAUUGUACUUUAUGCGAUCAGAUAUCGAAGUACAUUCAUUACGGGUAAUAUUUACAAUAAAAAUCAUAGUUACUUGACUUUUACAAAAGUAAGCGCCACGGGAUACGGCAUUUAUUAUUUUAAAAAACGUAGGGUAUAAAGGCGUAUUAAAAAUACAUCAUCGAAGGUAUAGAGAGCAAUUAAAGAAAAUAAAACAGAAAUCAAAAAAGAUAGCCGAAAUUUCUGCUCGGUAUUGCUAUUAUAAAAAAUAACCCAAGAUUCACGCUAAAAAGAAAUGGUAUUUUUUACAUGUUUCUUGGAAAAUGAAUUUAUCUUACGCGUUAACAGUAUUUGCUUAGAUAUGUCGUGAACGGGAUCGUGAAGUCGCCACGUCUUCUAUGGAAAGUUUUUAAUAGACUAUUAUAUUUCCAUUGUGAUAGGAACUGAUAGAUAAUUCUAUACGCGUUAACUCGGUAUACGAAAGGAUUCAUUAGGCAAAGAGCUUUUUUGUUAAACUAUAUAUAUGUAUAUAUAUAUAGUAUAUAUAUAUAUAUUUCUGUUUUAUAUCGAAUCCUUGGUACAAGGUGCACAUUUUUUGCACUUUUUUUAUAUCGAAUCCUUGGUAGAAGGUGCACAUUUUUUGCAGAUCCCUUUUUCACACAGUAAUAGGAUGUAUAUAAUUUAUAUAAUUUCGUUACUGGGAUAUGGUUAGAUAAUAUAUCGGUGAUACUGACAUUUAUACGACAUUCAUAUGUUUGCCCAUUAUUUUUAAUCAGAAUGUAUAACAGUUUAAGUACUAUAUUUUAGACGGCAAAGGUUUGAUUCUAUGAUUAUAACAUCCUAAGAUCUUCCAAGUGAUUCGAUUGAAUAUAUUGUACUUAAGCGGUUUCCUAAAUAUGACGUUAUAAAUCUGUUUAAUUUUUUUAUUUAAUGAACUUCGAUAGCAUAAGCUACGCCUUUAUAUUACGGAUAAGAUACAUAUUCGAAAUAAGACAAUUUUCGCAAUGCGUCGAUUCAUCCUUUCCUACAUAAUACACAAUAGCUAUAGAUAACAAUCUUGUAAAUAUGUAAAUAUAAAUAUAGCUAGCAAAUACUAAUUAUUAUAGUGUCUGACUCGUACGUUAAUGAAUUUAACUGAAAAACAAAAAUGGAAAUGUAAACAGAUUUCGACGAAUAAUUCAACACGUUUGCUGAAACUGACACGUAUACGGUUAAUAACGUUAAAAAUAUUGUUAUCCUUAUCAUAGGCACAGUAAUAAGUGUAGAAUUUAUUAAGAGUAUAGAGAUUUCAUAUCAAAAUUUAUUGUGACGAUAAACAGAAUUAUCGAUCUUUCCAAGAUUUUCAUUAAUUAAGAAAAGAUUUUACGUUUUAUAUGAGAAUCGUGAGGUAGAUUUUACGAACGGAUUUAUACAUUUCUAUACUCGAAUCGAAACGACAUUGUCGAAUCUGUUUUCAGCCGAAAUACAAUCUUGCCUUAUUCAUUGGCUAUGUGCAAGAUUCGCAGAUCUAAUAUCUAAGCAUGUGUUGAUGUGUAUAUGAAUUUUUAUUUGCAGAUACACCGAAAUACAUGCUUUGAUACAUGACCUAUGCAUACGCCCAUAGCUAUUAGUACAAGUGUCUUCGCGAAGGUAGCAACAUUAUUGUAAUAUAACAACGUACGUUUACGAUGAACUACAUUUAACAGGCGCCGUUGAUUUUGUCUGAUUUUAUACUAUUAUUAUAAUAACAAGGAGUGGUUUAGCGUAACUUUGUGAUCUUUAACGAAUUACACGUCCCGCAAUUCGUAAAGGACCAAUAUCUCUGUCUUCCUAAGGCCAUGCUAUGUUAUCAAAUUACAUUCACUCUGCCUGAAUUGAAGCCUUACAUAAAGUUGACAAUUAAGGUUUCCACAUUUAUUAUUUAACACAGUAGUGUGAAUCUUGCCAGUAAGGUAUCCUCCACAUUGCGUGUACACAUCAAUAUUGCUCAAUAAAGGAUUUUUAUAAUGAA